UGCGCGCGCAUAAACCCAUAAUUAUUCUGGCCUUAAUUUGAUAGAUAUCUGAGAGCAAAGUUUCCCAAGUAGAGAAUGUCGUCUUCUGUGGUAAAAUUUGCUUCUCAAGAAAGUAAUCAUGAAGAAGGGAAUCAAGAACUGUUUGAUAUGAUCCACGCAGGUGAUCCAACGGCUCCAAACCUCUCACUUCCAGCUGAGACUUUUCUCAAAGCUGCAAUUUCUCUCAAGGACAAGGUUGUGGAAGUGACGUGGAAAGGUCGGGGCAGUAAUGGGAGCUUUGACCCGACAGUGUAUACGGGUCUUCUGGGUGCAGCUUUCACCUGCUUGAGAUCUCAUGAGGCCACCGGUAACCACCGAGACCUGCAAUUGUGCGUCGAGAUCGUGGACGCCUGCGCUGCCGUGGCUCAUUCCUCUGCCAGGCACCUGACUUUUCUUUGCGGUCGAGGAGGCGUCUAUGCUCUUGGUGCUGUGGCUGCAAAUUAUUGUGGGGACCUAAUGAAACGCGACUUCUAUGUCACACGUUUUCUGGAGAUGGCGGAAGAAAAAGCCCUCCCGGUUGGACCAGAAGAAGGAGGGUUGGGAAUGUCUUACGAUCUCCUCUUCGGACGGGCCGGUUUCUUGUGGGCUGCUUUAUUUAUAAAUAAGUACUUAGGAGCCGAAGUGGUACCGAGUGAUCUUCUCAUGCCUGUUGUUGAAGCCGUGCUAACAGGGGGAAGGGCUGGUGCAUCUGAUAAUACGGCCUGCCCGCUCAUGUAUAGAUGGCAUGGAACACGGUAUUGGGGUGCUGCUCAUGGACUGGCUGGUAUUUUGCACGUAUUGCUGCAUUUCUCUCUCUUGAAUGAUGAUAUUGAUGAUGUCAAGGCAACUUUGAGAUACAUGAUGAGCAACAGGUUUCCUCACAGCGGGAAUUAUCCCGUUAGCGAAGGAAACCCGAGGGAUCAGCUGGUGCAGUGGUCCCAUGGAGCGGCUGGCGUAGCCCUUACCCUGUGUAAAGCUUCAGAGGUGUUACCGAAUAACAGAGAAUUUCGCGAUGCAGCCAUUGAAGCCGGGGAAGUUGUUUGGAAGAAUGGGUUACUCAAGAAGGUGGGACUGGCCGAUGGCUCUUCCGGGAAUGCUUAUGUCUUCCUCUCUCUCUCCCGGCUCACGGGAGAUAGUGUAUAUGAAAACCGAGCAAAGGCAUUCGCGAGCUACUUGUAUCACAAUGUAAGAAAAACUAUUGCUGAUACACGUUAUGAUGGAGAUGAUCACGCAUGUUCUCUUUUCCAAGGAUUAGCUGGGGCUGCUUGCCUGUGGUUUGAUAUGCUUGUGCCGGAGAAAUCUAGGUUUCCUGGUUACGAACUCUAGAUUGGUAGGAAAGAUGCUACUUAAGCUUCCUAUGAACUUAACAAUGUCUCUACUAAGUCAAGGCAUGAAUGCAAAGGGUAUAAUACCAAUUUCUAUAUACCGCAGUAAUAUGAAUAUGCAACACUAAUAGCCUUAUUUUGCUACUAAAUGGUUAUAUGCAUACCAGGGCAAUGAGUAAUUUGCAUGGAUGCAUUUCUAAUUGUUA